AUGCUGCAGCUUCCAGGCUAUGGAUCGAGGACAGAGAAGCCCCAUUGCUUCUACCAGUUUAACCCCCUUGUUUCCCAAAAUGGAGACCUGCAGAUUGGCAUCUUUUUAAACUUAUUCUCAGUUGAAGUGAACAGACUAACAGGAGCAGAAUUGUUUGAAAGUCUUCCUAACAAAGCUUGUAAGCCUUAUCAGUGGCUGCAUAAAAACUACCAGCAGGCCCUGGCUGUAAUGUUUGCUGUAGAGGAGAUUAACAGAGAUCCCCAUCUGUUGCCCAACAUUUCCCUGGGAUUCCACCUCUACAACACCUACCACAGUGAUGAGAGGACCUUGGAGAGCUCCCUGCAGUGGCUGUCUGGGCAAAGCCAGUCCAUUCCUAACUACAGCUGCUGGGAACAGGGCAAGUCUGUGGCUGUAAUUGGAGGGGCCACAUCAGCUCUGUCUGUCCAGAUGGGGACCUUGCUUGACCUCUACAGGUUUCCACAGAUCAGCUAUGGUCCCUUUGAUCCAAUUCUUAAUGACAAGGUCCAGUUUCCUUUCCUUUAUCAGAUGGCCCCCAAAGACACCUCUCUGUACCAAGGUAUUAUUCACUUAUUGGUAUAUUUUGAAUGGAAUUGGAUAGGUCUGGUUGCAACAGAUGAUAUGAGAGGCGAGGAAUUCCUCUGGAAAAUGAGAGGGGAAAUGGUAAAGAAUGGAGUUUGCGUGUCCUUCACAGAGAAGAUCCCAGUCAGUGAGAGACGACAUAUGGAAUCACAUGAGACUUUCAUGCCUAGGAUCAUGACAUCAUCAACGAAAGUGAUUGUCAUCCAUGGUGACACAGAUUCAUUAAUGAUUCUGAGAUACUCACAAGUUCCUUUAUUUCCAGUUCCAAAGGUGUGGAUUGCCACCUCUCACUGGGAUAUUACCAUGAGACCUCUCUAUGGUGAUGGUGCUCCUUUCCAUGGGGCUCUCACAUUUUCAUAUUUGAUGAGUGAAAUUCCUGGGUUCAAAAUGUUUCUUAAGGAAGUUGCACCUUCUAAAUACCCAGAUGACAUUUUGCUUAGAGAAUUCUGGCUCUCAGCUUUUAGUUGCCCACAUCAAUCAGAAAACCCAAAGCAAGAGAUGUGUUCACUAAAUGCUUCCUUGGAGAUUUUGCCUCUGAGAUUUUUUGAUAUGACCAUGUCUGGAUUGAGUUACACUAUCUAUAACACUAUCUAUGCUGUGGCUUGGGGUCUACAUGUAUUUUUUAUGAGAAAAUCAGAGAAAGGAUCCAUGGAAGAUAAUACAUAUUUAAUGCUUCCUUCUUGGCAGUUGAACUCCUGCCUGAAGAACACCCAAUUUACCAACAAUGCUGGUGACCAAGUGUUUGUGGAUGAGAAUAGAAGUUCUGAGGCUCAAUAUGCCAUUAUGAACUAUUUGUUUUUUCCUAAUGAGACUGAGAAUCUUGUGAAGGUGGGGCAGUUUGUCCCAAAGAAUCCAUUUGGUCAAGAUUUCACAAUUUGCAAGGACAUUAUAGUGUGGGGCUUUUGGAAUUCAAUGGUUCCCUGUGGAGUAUGCAGUGAGAGCUGUAUUCCUGGAUUCAGGAAGACUCCUUUGGAGGGGGAGGCUGCCUGCUGUUUUGACUGUUCACCAUGUCUAGAAGGGGAUAUUUCCAGUCAGAAGGAUGCAGAAUUUUGUACGAAGUGCCCAGAGGACGAAUAUCCAAAUGAGCAGAGAGAUCGCUGCCUCCCCAAGGUUGUGAUCUUCCUGAAUGGGAAAGAGCCUUUGGGGAUGACUUUGACCCUUAUGGCUGUUUCCUUUUCUUUACUGACAGCUCUGGUUCUGUGGGUCUUUGUGAAGUUCCAAGACACUCCCAUAGUCAAAGCCAAUAACAGGACUCUCAGCUAUACUCUCCUCAUCUCCCUUAUCUUCUGUUUCCUCUGCUCCCUGCUCUUCAUAGGUCAGCCUACCCCUGCCACCUGCCUCCUACAACAAACAGUAUUUGGAAUUGUCUUCACAGUGGCUGUUUCCUCCAUUUUGGCCAAAACCAUUAUAGUGGUUCUGGCUUUCAGGAUUAUAAGGCCGGGGAGCAGAAUUCAGAUGUUCAUACAGCCCAGAGUAUCCAUCUAUAUUGUUUUCAUCUGCUCAGGGAUUCAAGUGAUUUUCUGUGGCAUCUGGCUGGGCACCUCCCCCCCUUUUCCAGAGGCAGACACACACUCUCAAUAUGGCCACAUCAUCAUUAGAUGUAAUGAGGGUUCUGUCUUUGCCUUUUACUGUGUCUUGGGCUACAUGGCUCUUCUGGCCCUGGGGAGCUUUACUGUAGCUUUUCUGGCCAGAAACCUUCCUGACACCUUCAAUGAAGCCAAGUUCAUCACCUUCAGCAUGCUGGUGUUCUGCAGUGUCUGGGCCUCUUUUCUGCCCACAUAUCAGAGCACCAAAGGGAAGGCCAUGGUGAUUGUGGAGAUCUUCUCCAUCUUGGCCUCCAGUGCUGGGCUACUGGGCUGCAUCUUUAUUCCCAAAUGUUAUGUGAUCCUCCUGAAGCCAGACAGAAAUACCCAAGAACAGAUCAAGAGUAAAUAA